AUGUUCACAAGAAAAGAUUUAGUUCAAAGAGACUAUGACUUUAAUUCAGAAGAAGAAUUGCAUAAGCUUAGUUUUACCUCAAGUAGAGUUGUAAAUCAACUAUACAACUCUUAUUUGCCAAAUGAAUACAAGGUAACUGGUUUUAUUCAGAAUACAGCUCAAUUCGAUGGCCGUUUAAAUAACACAGAAACCUGGGGAGAAGGUUUCGAUCUAGCAACUGUUAAUCCAUAUGCCUAUGACAAAUUGGUUUUUUGCUACUUUGGCUUGGUUGGGGAUCAAGGAGUAAAAAAACAUGUAAUUGAAAAAUCUGCUAAUGAUUUAAUGAUGUUUGAUAACAAGUAUACCCCUGUUCCAAAUGAUUCGUUCGGAGCAUGUCAAUCUUUUACAAAUGUAGGAUUUGAAGGCUGGAAUGAUGUUGCUUUACCAGAGAAAUAUAACCAAAGACAAUGUCAGGGAUUAUUGGGGGGAUUAAGAAUGAUGAAAGAAAAAAACCCAGAAUUAAAAUUAGAAAUGGCAAUUGGUGGUUGGAGUUUUUCACAACCAUUUCAUCAUAUGGUUAAAACUGAAGGAAACCGUUCAAUGUUCAUUGAUGGGGUUAAAGAUAUACUCCAUAGAUUCCCAAUGUUUGAUUCAAUCUUAAUAGAUUGGGAAUAUCCAUGCUCUCAUGGCGAUGUUAAUAAUGAGUACUCUCCUGAAGACUGUGAAAACUAUUGUAAACUAAUCCAAGAACUCAGAAUGAAGUUACCACAAUUCUAUGGGGACAUCAACGUCACAUUGCCUGCAACCAUUGACCAACUUUCAAAAAUCAAUGCAAAGAACCUAAUGUUGAAUGGUGCAAGUAAUAUUUACCUUUUGACUCUAGAUUAUUUCGGUGGGUGGUGCUCAGAAUUAAAACAUGAUUCAAGUUUAGUAUGUGCUCAACAGGCUGUUGAUUAUUUAAUUGGGGUAAAUGGUGUUAAUCCAAAAUCAAUCCAUAUUGGCUAUAGAACUGGUUCCAAAAAUGCUAUUGAUACUGAAAUUUUAUCAUGGUCCCCAUUAAAAGGUAAAUUCAAAGCAACUUUUAACUCUAAAGGAAAUCCAAAAGUAGUUGGUACAUUUGAAAGUGCUGUUUCAACCUUCAACGAUAUCAUGUACAAUUAUAUCGAUUUUGAAAGUGGAAAACCAAUGAAUGGAUUCAAACUUCAUUAUGACCCUGUUAGUAAAGCUGAAUUUUUAUACAAUCAAAAAACCAAACUUUUCAUGUCAAUAGAGACUCCAAAGUCUGUUAAAUCGAAAGCCGAGUUUGUCCGUGAAAAAGGUCUUGGUGGUUUAUUCAAUCAAUCAAUUUCAGCAGAUGCCUCGGGUUUAUUACUUAAUGCAGCAAGAGAUGGUUUUGGAAAUAAAAUGCAAAGUACAAAAAUUAAUAUGGAAAAAUGCUAUAAUAUUCAACAAAACUAA